UCGUGCAUGCAGAACGUGGAAACGUCAGAUGUUCUGUAGUUUACUCGAUCGAUAAGAGAAUAGGAAUUUAAAGUCGCGAGGUAUAGGUAUGAAUACGUUCAGACUUGGAAGGGCGUCACAAUGCUAGGUAAGGAAGUCUUUGUCCCUCUGCUGUGCCUCCAAAGCCACCUCCUGUCUGGCCCGAGACAAUACAUAGUACGACAUAAUGAACAGGUCUGUGCUAUGCAUUCGAGACGCGUUUCCCAUUUACCUGGUUCAGUUUUUCAUACAUCGCGCACGAUGCGUUUGAUCUGGACAAUGAGCUGCAUGUUCCCGGUGUUUGCCCAUGGUGGCUGCCCCGCAUUGUCGACGUUGUGUGGGCAUUUUAGGAGAGGCAAAUCACUUCGUUGUCCCACCAUCAGCCUAGUUUCUUUGGUCAAGGCUGCGUCUAGCUUGGGGCGGAGUGCAGCGCGGUGCAGCUUGUGAUACCUAAUGGUGAUGACUGAUUACUGAUGACAUUUGGUGAGGGGGACUCGCCUCAUCUUCUUUGAGCAGGCGCGACCGUGCAGUUGACAAGUCUCGCGAGGGCCUUUGAGGACGAAACAAUGAGGCAUUGUCAGCGAGAGGCUCGUGAAGCCGAAGCACGUAGCAGCUGGAGAGGCAAACAAGUGUUGGGCGUGAA